AUGGCACCCUCUCUGACAGAGCAUCUGAUCUCUCUCACUCCUUCUUCCCUCAAGGUAGCUACGGAGCAUCCUUUCCUACUGGAAGCAGGCAAGGGAACCCUUUCCGCCGACAGGCUAGCAGCAUGGCUGACGCAGGAUCGCCUGUACGGUUUGAUGGGCUACACAAAGCUGCUCGGUGGGCUGCUUCAGCGCUGCCCUUCAUUCGAUGUGCCUCCUGGGCACCCGAAGUCAGAUCUGUACUGGAAGAGGCUGAGAGUGUUGGGUGGCGCGAUGAGUAACAUCACUCGUGAGAUGGCCUUCUUUGAGGAUGUGGCGAGGAAGAAUGGGCUUCCCCUCGAUGUACAGCCGCCAUCUGCUUCGUCUGCUACUAGCGUCAAGGGCAACGACGAGCCGCUACUUGGCCUGCUUGCCCCGACUACGCGAGGCUACAUUGACUACAUGGCCACCAUCGCCUCGACGGCCACCUUUGAAGAAGCUCUGGUCCUCCUCUGGUCAAUGGAGCACCUCUACCUCACGGCUUGGCGCUUCGCACUGUCUACACAGAAGGCCCUCUCACAACCGGCCCAGCCUUCGCCUGCAGUCUCGGCUCUAUCGGAGCUGAUUCCCAACUGGACGAGCAGGGAGUUCGAGGUGUUCGUGGAAGAGAUCGCAGAGCUAGUUGAGGGCAUUGACGAGGAAUGGAAGAGGGACGGGGAGAAGAGGGAGAGACUCGAGGCAGUGUGGAAGGCAUGCGUCUACUACGAGCAAGGCUUCUGGGAGGCGGGCAGUCCGUGGGGUCAUUAAGCGUGCGCAAUGCCAUAGUCUAGAUGCGAUUUGCAAUUUGCAUUCAGCGGUCAGCUGAUCAGCUCUUAUGAUGGAAGAUUUUGCCCAUCAAACCAUGCUUCUUCUCUGCCUCUCCUUCCCCUUCCUCUCCGACUGCGUGACCCUCCUCCUCGCCCGGAGAUGGCGACUCCUCGACGUCCUCCUCGACCUCGACCAUUUCCUCGUUUCCUUCCCUCUUAGUGCUCCCCUUGAAGCCGGGCACCAGGCUGCGCUUAGGAACAAGCUUCUUGACCUUCUUCACGUUCUUGCGCAGGUGAGGACGAUGCUGGUUCACCGUGCCCAGGACUCCGCCUUUGCGGGCUGCGGGAGGGGCUUUACCUUGGCGAAGGUCAUCCGGGUCGAAUCGUGGGUCUAGCUGCGAGGGCGAUGUGUCCAUGGUGCGUGGGAUAGGGGCGGUGC